AUGUACGCCUCGCCGCUCCGCUCUCGCGCCCGACUCCGCCCCGGCGUAUACGCAGCGAUGACAGGGAACGUUUGUCGCGUCCCCGUCCCGAGCGAGCGCGGUCCGGCCCGCGCGGGCCGGCCGGGCCGACCCGCGCGGGUCGGCCCGGCCGGCCCGCGCGCGCCCGGGCCGGCCGGCGAGCGCGGCUCGUUAGUCGCAUUGCUCAAGCUCGCGCACGCCGCGCGCCCGCCGCCGGCGCGAGGGCCGCGGGGCGCCGCCCGCUCCCCGCAACCCCCGGCCCGCCCGCCCCGCGCGCCCUCCGUCCUCGCCGUAGUGGGCGAACACUAUCGUAGAGAAAGUCGCGUCACCGCGUCGACCGGCAGGCCCGCGCCCGGAGCCGGGCCGGGCCGGACCGAGCCGGACCGGGCCGGGCCGGGCCGGGCCGCCCCGCGCAUUGUCUGCAUCGCUGGACGUCUCCUCCCGUGCUGUGUGAACCGGUCGGACGCCGUGCCGGGCGGCCGACGUGCCGUGCCGACCGGUCGGACGCCGUACCGUGCCGACCGGUCGGAUGCCGUGCCGGGCGACCGGGACGCCGUGCCGGCCGCCCUGGACGGCGUGCAGUUCGGCCGGGGCGCCGCGCCGGCGGCCGAGGGCGCUCACUCACUAAACCGCUGA